GAAUAAAUGUUGGCCAAACACGUGUUUCACUGGGACAAUAGUGAGUGGUGCACACUUCCUUCGCCCGUUUACAGAACAAAAAAAAGUCCCAUUUAGAGUUGCUGGUGUAACAAUAGGAAGAAUAUAUUCCAAUCCUCUCUUAUACACGCGGCUUAUGAGAUGAACGCUCGUCAAGAAGAAAGUCCCCUUCAGCAGCAGGAGGAUCCACAGCCCCCCCACAUUAAAGAAGAGAAGGAGGAUCUCUGCAUUACUCAGGAGGAAGAGUGUCUUUUAGGGCAGGAGGAGGCUGAUCUCACCCAGUUUCCACUGAUUGUUGUCUCUGUGAAGACUGAAGAGCAUGAAGACAAACCACAUGAGUCCUCACAGCUUCAUCACAGUCCAACAGCUGUCAAAGAGGCAGCUACGACUUUUUUUGCUCCUCCAUGGCUUCCAUCAGAGACACUGGCGGUCACUGCAGCCCUCCGACUUUCAGACCUGCAGCAGCCCCUUCACAUUAAAGAUGAAGAGGAGGAUCCACAGCCCCCCCCCCCCCCCACCCACCCACCCACCCCCCCAGGAGGAGGCUGAUCUCAGCAAGUUUCCACUGACUGUUGUCUCUGUGAAGACUGAAGAGCAUGAAGACAAACCACCUGAGUCCUCACAGCUUCAUCACAGUCCAAACGUCCAGCGGAUGUCAGCGUGGAGUCAUGAAGAGAUUCCCUCCCAGCAGCAGGAGUGGAGCUCCAUUUUGGGACAGAAGGAGUUACAGGCCCCCUACCACAUUAAAGAGGAGCAGCUUCAUGAUGAAGAUGAAGCUCAGUCCUUACAGCUUCAUCACAGUCAAAGUGAGGAGAACAGAGGGGCGGAGCUUGUAAGUCAACACAUCACAGAAGCUGAUGGAAAGCAUUGUGAAGAUAUCAAGUCAGAACCAGACAGCAUAUUUGUUCCACUGUCAGAUAUGGACCUCAUGAUGUCAGACUCUUCUGAUCACAGUGACCACAUCCAAAAACCUUUGGAGAGCGAAAAAUACUCUAAAGGUGAUACGAGAUAUUACACUAACAACAAACACUUUGACUGCUCUGAAUGUAGAAAAUCAUUUAGACGGAAGACUAAUUUUACAGUACACAUGAGAAUACAUACUGGAGAGAAACCUUUUACUUGCUCUGUUUGUAAGAAAAGUUUCUCCACAAAGCAACACAUGACCACACACAUGAGAACACACACUGGAGAAAAACCUUUUGCUUGCUCUGUUUGUAAGAAGAGUUUCUCCAUUAAGCCUGCCAUGACCACACAUGAGAACACAUACUGUAAAGAAACCUUUUACUUGCUCUGUUUGUAAGAAGAGUUUCUCCAUUAAGCCUGCCAUGACCACACACACGAGAACACAUACUGUAAAGAAACCUUUUACUUGCUCUGUUUGUAAGAAGAGUUUCUCCAUGAAGCUUACCAUGACCGAACACAUGAGAACCCAUACUGGAGAGAAACCUUUUACUUGCUCUGUUUGUAAGAAAAGUUUCUCCACAAAGCAACACAUGACCACACACAUGAGAACACACACUGGAGAAAAACCUUUUGCUUGCUCUGUUUGUAAGAAGAGUUUCUCCAUUAAGCCUGCCAUGACCACACACAUGAGAACACAUACUGUAAAGAAACCUUUUACUUGCUCUGUUUGUAAGAAGAGUUUCUCCAUUAAACCUGCCAUGACCACACACAUGAGAACACAUACUGUAAAGAAGCCUUUUACUUGCUCUGUUUGUAAGAAGAGUUUCUCCAUGAAGCUUACCAUGACCGAACACAUGAGAACCCAUACUGGAGAGAAAGCUUUUACUUGCUCUGUUUGUAAGAAGAGUUUCUCCACAAAGCAACACAUGACCACACACAUGAGAAUACAUACUGGAGAGAAACCUUUUUCUUGCUCUGUUU